AGGCAAAAGGCAACCGUGAAUUACAAUACAAAGCUAUUUACUGGUUGGUUUUCUAUGAUAGCCUGGGACUUCAAUUUAUCAAUUUUCUGAAAGAAUUCACGUUGUACACAUUCAAACAUGAAUACAAAGGCGGAAGUUGAUUAUGUUCGAGCUCUCACAAAAGGACCGUGGAUAGCCUUUGGACAGUACUUAAUGGUUCAACCCUGGUCGAAGUCUUUCUCUACUAGUCAACCGUAUCUAAUGAAUGUGGUGGUCUGGAUUUGUCUCACAGGUUUCCCGGAUUUUUUUAUCAGAAGAGCGGUCUUAACGAGUAUUGGGGAAAUGAUUGUACAUGUUAUUAAACUAGAUGAUAAUACCCGGAAUGCGCAAAGGGGUCGAUUUGUUCGGUUGGUGGUCCUUCUUGAUAUUAAUAAGCCUUUGGUCUCAAAAAUCAAAAUCAGUGGCUGACUUCAAUGCGUGGAAUAUGAGUCUCUUCCUAGUAUUUUCUUUUCUUGUAGACAGUAUGGGCGUUCGUGUGAUUCAUGUUCAUUUGUUUCUGUUUAGCAUGGUCAGAACGAUGUUUUAACGGUACAAAAGGUGGAUCAUAAAAACCAUGAAGUUUCCGUUAUGGCUGAGAAUGAAUAAAUUUUGAAAUUGUUUAAACCGUGGAUGGUUGUUGUGAUUAAAUGCUAAAAAUACAUAUUUUAUGUAA